UUGUUCUUUUUCCUAUAACAGAUAAGAUGGGUGGUAGAAUCAGUAAAUGCGAGAAUUAAAACAUGGCGGUACUUGGCAAGACAACUCCCUAAUUCCCAGAUCUCAUAUGUUGGUGACUAUGUGCGAAUAAUAAGUGCAAUCUGCAACAAAUACAGGCCCCCUCUAAGCAGUGGAGAUGAAGAGAAUGAUUUACAGAUUGCAACAAAGAUGCAAUACCUCUCUACCCAGACAAAUCGGCUGCAGACAGAGGUAGAGUCAGAAAAUCUAGCAAAGAAGCGAUAUAGUUGGAGGAAGAUUGAUGAUGAGGAGACCACCAUUACUGAAUUUCCAAAGUACACAGAAGAAGAAAUUCGGGAAUUGACUCUUGGUGUGUAUCAAAUUCAAUUGGCAGAAUUUUACACCCAGGAACAUGUGAACCAGGAUGGAUUUGAGAUAUGGGUUGAUCAGUUCAAGCCAGGCCUCCUUGCUGCCAAGAUCCAAAGUAGACAUAUCUCAAGCAAAUGCUAUCUGUGCUGGAUUAGGUUUGAGGAUGGUGUCGUGACCUCUUGGUAUUGCCGUUGUAAGUCAGGAGCGCGAGUAGUUGGAACUUGUGCACACAUUGCCAGUGUUAUUUGGUACUUGUCCUUUGCUAGAUACUCUGAUGUGAUCAACCUUGAAUUAGGCAAGAACUGGCUAGACAAUGUAUGUGAUGCAGCGGACAUUCCAGAGAUAGUUGAUGAGAGUGACAGUGAAACUGAGGCCACUGAGGAAUAAAGACAAGAAAGCUUCAACUUAUUGAUUGUGUGUUUUCAAAUUAUGUAUUAUUCAUUUAGAUUGACAGGUUUAUUGGAACUUUUUCUUGUGUCCCUUAUCAAAAUGUAUAAAAAUGUUAAUUAUUUCAUAUAUAGUUCCUUGAACAGUGUGAGUGUUAUGUCCGAUGCAGUUAUAGGCAUGUAAUCUUUUUUUCCCGAUAUUUUUGUUUAUAAUGUUUUCAUAUAGUUUGCUAAAUAUGUAAUAAUUUUAAAUCUUCAGAGCCAAAAAAUAGAAAGACAUUGCAAACUGUUUCUGUAUUUGAUGUUUUUAUAGUUGAACUCAUAUUAAUGGAUCAGAACUUGUUUUAUAUUUGAAAUGAUGAUUUGUAUGUACAGCUACAAUUUGAACAGUUUGACAUUUUUCAAUCUUUAAAAUAAAACAACAAAAGCAAGUCAUCUCAUAUUUUACAAA